AUGCAAUUAAUUCUCUUUCAUUUACCUUCAAUAAUAGCUAGAUUACCUACAAAAAUAAAUAAUUUAUUAGAUUUUGGUUCUGGACCAACAAUUUAUGUAGCUAUUUGUUUCAGAGAAAAAGCUGAAAAUAUUUUUCUUUCUGAUUAUUUGCCGCAAAACAAAAGAGAAUUAAAUAAUUGGUUAAGUGGAAAUUCCAAUUUUGAUUGGACUAAAAUAUUUAAAUUAAUUGCUGUUUAUGAGGCUCUCCCUUUACCUACAGAUAUUACAAAAAUGGAGAAAACGACAAAAGAUAAAUUAUCCCCUCAAAUUUAUUUUGAUGCUAUAACAACAUUUUUAACAAUAGAAUAUUGUUGUUUAAGUAGAGAGGAAUACAAAAAUGCUCUGAAACGAUUGUCUGCAAUUUUAGCCCCUCAGGGCUUGUUAAUUAUGGGUGGAAUUUUGGAAGAAACGUUUGGAUUUUUAGAAAAUAAAAAUCUCCGUGUUAUCACACUUAACACACUCUUAUUAGAGAUAUAUCCAAGGGGGAUAAUUAAGAGAGGUCGGAUAUGUAUAUGUGAGAAUAUUAAUAGAGACAGGAAAGGAUUAGGAAAAGAAUGAAAUAGUGAAUGAAAUCAGGGAAGGACUGAAGGACGGGGAAAUGAAGGAAAGAAUGACGGAUGAAGGACUGAAGGAUGAAUGAAGGAAAAACGAGGAAUUUUUUUGAAGAAAAAAUUCCUCCAGAAAAAU